CGAAAACCUAUUCCGGACUCAAUUUCCCGUCAUGCAUUUGGCAUGCGCUUUACACUACAGCAGACAGACAGGAUUUAGGGGUUUGUCAAAAGCGGGCUAAUUCAUACCAUCUCCACAAAUAUGUGGUGCUAAUCGUGUUUUUUCUUCGUUCGUAUGUCUUCGACGGUUGCUUCGGAUUUUUCAGAUUUCCAGAAACUUGUGUGCGUUUUCUGUACCCAGGAUGAGGUGGUGCCACAGCCCCCUCCUCCACCUGCUGUGUUGCUUGCGUUUGCGGGUGUGCACCAGGAAAUGCCGGUUCCGGCCGCCCGUGCUUCUGCGGGAGCUGUGGGCCUACGUGAAGCUGGUGCUUCAGUCUCUCCAAUACAACUCCCUCACUAACUCAGAUGUGGUCUUUGACUCGGUAUUCGAACCCGUCUUCUGGACAGUCGACCGCAUCACCCGAUGGUUUGGGAUGGUGUUUGUGUUUCUGGUGGUGGUCCUGACCAGCUCUAUCCUGGUGAUCUGCUACAUGAUCCUGCUACCCAUGGUCUUUGCCACCUACCAUCCAGCGUGGAUCACGUGGCACCUCUUUUACGGGCACUGGAACCUGGUCAUGAUCAUCUUCCACUACUACAAAGCCACAAAGACAUCCCCGGGAUACCCUCCUAUAGUGAAAAAUGACAUUCCAUUUGUGUCUGUCUGUAAGAAGUGCAUCAUUCCUAAACCAGCCAGGACACACCACUGUGGCAUUUGUAACAGGUGCAUUCUGAAAAUGGACCAUCAUUGUCCCUGGUUGAAUAAUUGUGUGGGCCACUUUAACCAGCGUUACUUCUUCUGCUUCUGCCUGGCCAUGUCCAUGGGCUGCAUGUACUGCAGCAUCAGUGGCAGGAACCUCUUCCUCGACGCGUACAAUACUCUAGAGCGCUUUAAGCAUAUGGACGGGGAGAGGCCAGGGGUGCCUGUGACCGGGAUGGGGCUUCUCAUAGGGAUCUUACCUUCCGGGCAGACCAACUACCAAACCCCCUCACCCCCCUACACCUUCAGGGACAGGAUGGUCCAUAAGAGCAUCAUCUACAUGUGGGUCCUUACCAGCACAGUGGGCGUGGCCCUGGGAGGCCUUACCGUCUGGCAUGCGGUCCUCAUAUCCAGGGGAGAGACCAGUAUCGAGAGACACAUCAACUUCAAGGAAACCAAGCGGCUAGCCAAGCGGGGAAAGGUUUAUAAAAACCCUUUUAAUUAUGGAAAGUUGAACAACUGGAAGGUAUUUCUGGGCGUUCAGAAGAGAAGCCACUGGUUGACCAGGGUCCUCCUUCCCUCUGGACACAACCCCCCGGGCGACGGUCUGACCUGGGACGUCCUCCCCUUCAAGAGGGACACCGUCCCCGUAUGACCACUUUGACCAGCGCUCCACUCCGUACCACUCCCGGACGUCGCGUUGAACAGCGAGGCGCGCUGUGGGAAACAGGGGGAGGCGUUCGGCUGUCUCCUCAACGACGUGCUGCGGAGGGGCUUGCGUUGUUUGAACCGUCUGAGGGGGGGACUGAGUGGGGAUACUUUGGGUCUGGGAGGAGGGCCUCCGUCCCUUCUUGUGCGUUGAGGAAAUCACAGAUUCUUGUCUGCUGACUCACGUAUCAUUAGACUGAACACAGACAGAACCCACAAUUUGUGAUUUUUUUUCAAGUUAAUAUCUCGAGAGCUUUAUAUGAGAGGACGCUGGCCAAAGGAGGAGUCAAAUGGACCCUUCCAUGUCUCUGUACAUUGACAUUGUGACCCUUAAAAAAAAAACAUUCCCUUUCCCCAUCCACAUCAUACCUUUAUCAUUUUGUUUUUUGUACUCCCAACACGUACCAAAACACAUAUCGGUAUUUUUUUGUAUUAAACUAAAGUAUGUGCAUAAAUUAUUUUUUCAAGCAGUA